UGAGUCAAGGGGAUCAGAAUGAUCUCAUGCACCUUACAUCAACCAUCGCUGGAAAAAUCGGCGACGGUGUCAAGAAAACUGAAUCCGUCUUCUCUUUAGCUUGCAUUUAUAGGGUGCCUGAAGAGCUUCGUAAGCUGAAGGAAAGCGCCUACACCCCUCGCCUCAUCUCUAUCGGCCCUCUUCACCGAGAAGACAAACACCUCCAAACACCCUUGCAACACGUCAAAAUGAGCUACGCGAAUCACCUGUUCUCUCGACUGACCGCAGGAAUGGAGGACCAUGAAUCAGCAUUGCACACAAUGACGACGGUGCUGCAAAAUUGUUUAGCUGGAAUGCGAGCAUCGAUAGACGUUGCGAAGAAAUUCUACGCAGAAGAAGUUACACUGGAUGAGGAAAUGAUGUUGAUCGAUGGUUGUUUCAUCCUCGAAUUUCUCUACAGAUUUCCCACCUUCGAUGGACAAAAAAGAGACCCUAUUUUUGGCAACACAUUGACCUUGUCCAACGUGAAAAACGACUUGGUACUCCUGGAGAACCAGAUUCCUUUCUUUGUGCUUGAAAAAUUGUUCCAACUCACAGUGGGUGAGAUCCGGAAUCGCCCCGAUGAGAAUUGGUCGCUCACCAAUUAUUUGCGGCGAUGCUAUGACUUCAAGAUGAGUCACGAAAACAAGGAAAGCAUUAGUUACUGUCAUAUCCUCCAUAACCUACAAGAUUGGUACCGUCCUGUUGCUGAGACAUUGACAGGGAAACCAUUGAUUAGCGAGGGAAUACUCAUGCCUUCGGCGUCAGAGCUGAAGUACGCAGGAGUCAAGUUUGUCCCCGAUGAAAAAAACAAGAAUCUGUUCAAGUUCAGUGAGCCCAAAGGCCUGUUCAGAAUGUGCGGUAGGCCUCGUUUCAAGAUCCCGACGCUCACGUUGUACAACGAAACGGAGUUGUACCUCAGGAACCUCAUUGCCUUUGAACAGUCCUGCCCUGGCAUUCCGGCCUACGUCACGUCCUACGUGUUCGUGAUGGACACGCUUGUGAACUCUGACAGCGAUAUCAAAGUGCUCGAGAAGGCCAAGGUCAUGAGUAAUUACCUGGGUGCCAGAGAGGACGCCACCCGUGUAUUCAACAAGAUAUGCAAGGAAGCUGCGCUUGGCGGAGACUUCUUCUUCGCCGGCACGUGCUCCCAAGCCACCAAGUACAGCAAGCGCUUUUGGCCGAGGUAUAUAGCGGCAUCCAAGAUUUAUGGUAACCCGUGGAUGUUCAGAGCUUUCUUUGUCGGCUUCGUUUCUUUUGUAAUCUCUGUUGUUCAGUUCGCCCGCAGUUUCUUCAGAAAAUAUUGA